CGGUUGUUUUAAGCAAAUAUUGGACAGUUUCUUAGCAAGUACCAGCUAUGACCACUGCGAAAUUGUUUAAGCUUUUCCUUCUUCUGUCUUUGUUCCAAAUUUUGGGGGCUACUUUUGUCUGGCCCUGCCCAAAAAUCCAACUUUCUUACAGGUCGGCCAAACUCAUCAGUAGAACUUUGAGUUUCGGACAUUAUUUCAACUCCUGCUUGAGAUCACAAUCUGAAAACUUCGUCUAUGUCUUUUGUGAGCAGGAGACCCUCUGUGGGACUGACAUUUCACCUCACACAAAUCCUCAAAUGGUGCAAGGAGAAGAGACCCCUUGCCUUGUUGCCACCAAGGGGGGUUCCAAUGGUGACCUCUGCAAUGACCUCGAGUACAAUCUGAAGAUGCAGUCUGACCGGAAUGAGUGUGGGGGCGUGGACUGUGGGAUGGCCAGGUGUGUUGACAGACUGGGCUACUUCGAGUGUGUUCUCCCCAAUGGCACAGCUUUGAGAGACGAACAGUGCGAAAUUAUAAGUUCAACGGUUGGACGGUUUUGCAAUGUGAAAAAGGGGACCUACGUCACAGCAAUUGAGGAGAAGCCAACGAGACUCUGCAUGGAUCAAUCGACUCAACGUUUUAACCAAGAAGAUCACAGUGGUUCAAGCUGCUGGCAAGAAACUAUCUCAUCCAAUUAUGUCGGCCCCAUUUGGGAUCAAAAUCUGACAAACGUUGUGGAUGGCGACUACAGUUCGGGCAUUCAUACCGUGAGGAUGUUUGGGAUGUCGAGGGGACUGACAACAAUCGAGUACUCCACGUUCGCCACUCCGAAUGUGUUUUCCCAGUUCGGACCUGCAGUCACUGAUUGGUAUGUACCCUGUGAGUUAGAUUUGACAGACUGGUCCCCAAUCACUUCUCUCAUCGUGGUCUACAACCCUCAACUGAAGUUCAUUGUCGGGGUAUAUUUUGUGACAGCAGAAAACCCCAAGGGUUGGGGAUGCCAGAUGACGUCAGCAACGGAGCUGCCAGAAAACGAAAGAGCGGAGAUCAUGGCACCUAAUGGAUGUCAGUUGAUCGGGCUGGGGGCGAAAGAGAGCAUUAUAACUCCAACCCGUGUGGCUCAGCUGAAGGCACUGUGGGGAUGUAACUGAAGCCCGAUUUAAUCACUUUAAA